UUGGUCCAUGUUGUCUCGACGGCGUCUUGAAUAAAAACGAAUAGCAGCAGGGCUCGGCUGCACACCUUUCGUCGUCGGGUUUAUUCCGUGCAUGUGACGUGGGAGUGAAUCGGAUGGACCCACUUUCUGUGGUUUGUCUCAGAAAGCGCAACCGAUCCGCUCACCUAAAACUGACACGGUUAAACGGAGGAGAACGGAGACCGGGUUAUUUGAGGAUUCUAUUUCUAACGUAUCAAUAAAUACAGCCGAGACUUUCACAUCUCAGGAGCUAUAUUGUGAGCAGGAUUUAACUUCCACUGGGAGGCAAACACCGCGUAAAAGUUUCCCAGCACACACAGAGAGAGAGGGAGAGAGUCCUUCGGAGGAAAGGACCAUGGAGGUCGCAGCAGCCGAUCAGUCUCGGUGGAUGGCGCAUCAUCACGCAGUGCUGAACGGCCAGCACCCGGACUCUCACCACCACAGUCUGAGCCACAACUACAUGGAGCCCAUGGCGCCUUUACUGCCCCAGGACGAAGUUGACAUGUUUCUCAACCACUUGGACUCUCAAGGGAACCCUUACUACGCCAACUCCCGGGCAAGGGUCACGUACAGCCAAGCGCACGCUCGUCUCACGGGGAACCAGGUUUGCCGACCACACCUCAUCCACAGCCCCGGCAUUCCCUGGCUGGACCCCGGAAAAGCGGCCCUCUCUGCGGCUCACCACCACAACGCCUGGGCGGUCAGCCACUUCAGCAAACCCGGUCUGCACCCCGCCGGCUCCGGCUACCCCUGCAGCAGCAGCACCGGCACGGCGCCGGUCUCGUCGCUCACGGUGUCCCACUCCAACACGCACCUCUACAGCUUUCCCCCUACCCCUCCGAAAGACGUGUCCCCGGACCCCGGCCCUACCUCUCCGACCUCCAGCGCGACCAGAAUGGACGAGAAGGAGUCGAUCAAGUACCAAGUGCAGCUCACGGACGGCAUGAAGAUGGAGAGCUGCAGUCCGCUGCGCGGAGGCUUGGCCUCGAUGAACGGCCAGGGCCCGACGACGCACCACCCGAUCCCCACCUACCCCGGCUACUCUCUGCAUACGCCCCACGAGUACAGCGGCAGUCUCUUCCACCCCGGCAGCCUGCUCGGUGGAUCCUCUUCCAGCUUUACGCCGAAAUGCAAGAGCAAGGCUCGGUCGAGCUCAGAGGGCCGUGAAUGUGUAAACUGCGGUGCCACCUCCACCCCUCUGUGGCGAAGAGACGGCACCGGACACUACCUGUGCAACGCCUGCGGACUGUACCACAAGAUGAACGGCCAGAACCGACCUCUCAUCAAGCCCAAACGCAGACUGUCCGCGGCCCGGCGCGCAGGCACCUGCUGCGCGAACUGCCAGACCACCAUCACCACGCUGUGGAGGCGCAACGGCAACGGGGACCCCGUGUGCAACGCCUGCGGCCUUUACUACAAACUGCACAACGUCAACAGGCCCCUGACCAUGAAGAAAGAAGGCAUCCAGACACGCAACCGCAAGAUGUCCAGCAAGUCCAAGAGGAACAAGCGAGGGGGGGACGGCUUCGACGAGCUAUCCAAGUGCAUGCAGGACAAGGUCUCCCCCUUCGGUGGUGGACCCGGCCUUACUAGCCACAUGACCCACAUGGGUCACCUGCCCCCCUUCAGCCACACGGGACACAUGCUGCCCACCCCCACGCCCAUUCACCCUUCAUUCGGUCACCCCCACCACUCCAAUCGCUCUCCGGUCUGGGCCGAGCCCCUGAGUCACUGAGAGCCCCCCCCCCCUUUCCAGACCCCCCCCCCCCACCACCGUAGGAGCCGCCACGUCGCCAUUAACACUAAAUGGCCUCCGCGUCGCGCCGUAAGCUGAGUAGACCCGUUUCAUCGUGUACAGUAGUCGGAAGGGGAGACACUUUCAGUUUGACUCGAUGACCGAACGCCGCGUCGUUCCUGAGCUCACUGAUGGGACCCUGCAAAGCAGGACUUUAGCGAAGUCCGCAAAGAGCUAAUGCCACGAGGGGUUUCUUAGUCCCUCGGUGACCGAAGGCUUUGCAGGAAUGGAGUGAACGGAGACGCCUGUCAUUCCUUUUGCUUGUUUUUACUAAGUCACUUUGGUACCCACCUCUCCAUGACCCUGUAACGGGAGACUCGCCAGAGGUCCUAAAAAGAAACGCUGUGUUUUUUUGUUUUUUUUUUCCGCCUCACAGCCAUCUCGUUAUAUUCUGAGAUACGUGCACCCUGUCCCUCCACGGGCCGCCGUCCUUAACGGACAAACCGCCUCAGCGCUGGAGGCCUUCAGGCUCCGGGGAGACGCAGACCACAGCACCCACAAACCAGUGCUCCCCUCACAUGCUGGAUUGUACGCCACCACAUCGCUCAGCACCUGAUUUUAAUAAUGGACUUUUAUGGAAGAAUACGCCGUAAAUAGAGUGUUUAUAAAUGCUUGAUUGCUAUUAUUGUUGGUAUAGUUGAUGUGAUAAUUAUUGCUACCAUAAUUUAUUUUCCCUCUUCGAGCUUUCGUCAAAGACACAUGGAAACCAAUGAUUUAAAAAGGUCCAGUGUAUAGGAUUUCGGGGGAUCAUUGGAGAAAUGGAAUACCAUAUCCAUAGCUAUGUGUUCAUUGGUGUAUAACUACCUGAAAUUAAGAAUACAUAUUUUUUCACUAGCUUAGAUUGAAGUAUUUAUAUCUACAUAGGGAGCAGGUCCCCUUCAAGGAGUCCGCCACGUUGCACCGCCAUGUUUCUACAGAAUGCUAGACAACGUUUUUACGUUGGGUCACCGAGGCUCUCCGACGCACUCCGGAACGAGGGGUAUUCGGUCGGUUGCAGUCUGCAACUCACCGCUGGAUGCCCCCCAAUCCUCCACACUGGUCCUUUAAAUGUCAUACUCAUUGUGUAGAGAAAAACACUGACCAUAAGAAAUGUCCCUAAGCUGUACGUUUUUAUCAUUUUUCCAUCUUACAAAAGUAAAGGAAAUAAAGGAAAAUAAAGUUUAAUACUAAAAGUAA